AUGCCUUCGUUCGCUUUACGGGCUAAUCAUUUUCAGCGAGAGAGAUCGCGCUCACCGCGUCGCCGCUCCCGCAGUCCACGUCGCAGCCGCCGGUCUUAUUCGCCUCGCAGCCGCUCUCGAAGCCGCGACGACUACCGUCGAAGUGACCGUCGAUCUCGUUCUCCCAUGAAUAGUGCAACAGGUGCACCUGGAGGAUACUCAGGGUCUGGUCAUCGUGGUGGCGCGCCCCCACAGAGAAGCUUUGAAGAGCGUGCUGCCGCCAAAGAACAAAUGAUGCAGUCACUUCGAGACUCAUCUCAGCAAGAUCGCCGCGUCUACGUUGGCAACCUGGCUUACGAUGUCAAGUGGCAUCACCUUAAAGAUUUCAUGAGACAGGCUGGAGAGGUCCUCUUUGCCGAUGUCUUACUUCUUCCAAAUGGAAUGUCGAAGGUGGGCGCCAACGUGAUUGUGGAAUACGCAACAAGGGACCAAGCCCAACAAGCUGUCACGACGCUCAGCAAUCAGAAUCUCAUGGGCCGUCUAGUCUACGUCCGCGAGGAUCGCGAGGCCGAACCGCGCUUCACGGGACCAGCCUCUCGUGGCGAUUAUGGUGGUGGUGGUGGGGGUGGUGGUGGUGGUCCUCGCGGAGGUUACGGAGGUGGUUAUGGAGCAGGUGGUGCCACUACAGGUGGUGGUGGCCGUCAGAUCUACGUCUCCAACCUUCCCUACAACGUUGGCUGGCAGGACCUGAAGGACUUGUUUCGCCAAGCAGCGCAAGAAGGUGGUGUCAUUCGUGCUGACGUUCACCUCGACCCCACCGGCCGUCCGAAGGGGAUAGGCAUCGUUGCGUUCGAAACACCAAACGACGCGCGAAACGCAAUACAACAAUUCAACGGUUAUGACUGGCAGGGACGAGCUCUGGAGGUACGUGAGGAUCGCUUCGCAAACUCAAUGGGCGGUAGCUUUGGCAGCCGAGGUGGAUACGGGGGAGGCUUUAGUGGUCGCGGCGGCUUUGGUGCGCGUGGAGGCUUCGCUGGCAGGGGAGGGUAUGGCGGGGGCUUUGGCGGUCGUGGGGGGUACGGAGGAGGUGGCUAUGGGGCCGCCCCGGCAAUGGGAGCUGGAACGGGAGCUGGCUACACAGCCGAGGCGUCCAACCCUCCCAAUCCGUUUACCGACUUCGCAACCUCUGGCGGCGAACGUGGUCCAAUCAUCUAUGUCCGGAACUUGCCCUGGUCUACCAGUAACGAGGAUCUCGUCGAGCUCUUCACCACCAUUGGCAAGGUCGAGCGAGCGGAGAUCCAAUACGAGCCGAAUGGUCGAUCGCGUGGCACCGGUGUCGUCGAGUUUGACUCUGCCGACAAUGCUGAGACCGCAAUCUCCAAAUUCACUGGCUACCAAUACGGUGGUCGUCCCCUCGGCUUGACCUAUGUCAAGUAUACCAAUAUUGGUGGUGGCGACGCCAUGGAGGGCACCGAAGCGAGUGGCGGCCUCACACAGGACCAAAUCAUGUAG